GCCUCCUGCUCUCGACGCCCACCUCGACGCUAGCGCUGCCGGCCAGGGCGAUGGCGACCCCAUCCGACCACAACGAAAAGGACCCUGAACUAGUCCAGGAUGCGACUCACGACCACCUGAACCCAGGCCAGGAGCCCAGCAGCAGCAAGGGUUCCUCCAGCGGCAGCAUCUCGGCAUCUACGACCCUCCAACGGCGGCAUAAUGGAACGGGGCGCGUGCAGAACGACGUCGGGGAGGUGCUCGCGCGCCAUAGCUCCGUCGGGGACGCGGCGUCUCUGGCGUCCAUCGACCGCCCGCCGAGCGAGGAGGAGAAGCUGCCGCCCUCGAAGAUAUACCACCCGCUGUCCUUCCCGGUGAUUGCGCUAUUGAUGCCGGCCUCGAUAUUCGGCGUGCUCGCCAGGCUCGGGCUGCAGGCCAUUACGACGUAUGACGGGCGGAGCAUAUUCCCUCUUGCAUGGAUUCAGGCGGCUGGAUGCCUCAUCAUGGGGUUCGCACUGGGGAUGAAGGAACCGUUCGGAAGAUUCUAUGGGCCACUGUACACUGCAGUGACUACCGGAUUUUGCGGAUCCCUGACUACAUUCUCGGGGUGGCAACUGGACAUAUUCGAGUCUUGGAUAAACGGCACAGCUUCUCAUCGAGACUGGUUUCGGGACGCCAUCGACGGAAUCGGCAAGACCGUCUUCACACUCGCCAUCGCGCUCUCCGCCGUCUCCUUCGGCGCCCACCUCGCCACGCUCGUCGUCCCGCGCGUGCCCACCCUCCCCCCGCCCCCGCGCCGCGUCCGCUACGCGCUCUCCGCGCUCGCCGUGCUCGUCUACGCCGCCGCCUACCCCGCGUACUUCCGCCUCCCCGCGCGCUACCGCCACGAGGCGACCGCCGCGCUCCUCUUCUCCUUCCCCGGCACGCUCUCGCGCUACCUGCUCUCCGUGCACCUCAACCCGCGCCUCAAGCUCUUCCCGCUCGGGACGUUUGUCGCGAACACGCUUGGGACCGCGCUCCUCGGCACGUUCCAGGUGCUGCAGAGCAUACGCGCCCCGAAUACGCUCAGCCCGAAUGCGUGCUCGGUGUUGAAGGGCCUUGCGGACGGGUAUUGCGGGUGUUUGACGACUGUGAGCACGUUCGCGGCGGAGGUCGACGCGCUGGAAAACAGGAAAUCGUGGUUGUACGUUUCUAUCAGCUGGUUAGUGAGUCAGAUCCUGCUCGCGGUCAUCAUUGGUCCCUCUCUGGGCCCCGGUCAUGUCAGUAGACAGAUCACUUGUAGCUACGUAUGAGAACAUCCUAGACCCCAGGUCACUUCUCGAUUCGCAAGCAUCUAUUGG